GUCGUACCAAUGGCAGCGCCAGCGCAGCGGGCCCGUGGCGACGACCGCGGUGUCUUGGCGCCCCAAGUCGCCGAGACGAUUGCGAUGCUCAUUCCGUGCGCUGCUUCGUGCCAGCGCUUUGUGACAGCGCUCCCAGCCUCGGCUACGACGUCGGCGCUUGCGAGCCUCGCUCGGCUCUACGCCGCACCGGCCGUCGACGUCGCGUGGCCCAACCUUGUCGUUCGCGGCCCGAGCCUCUCGAGCGCAGCCUCCAACGACCUCGCUGCCAUUGGAGCUCUGGCGCCAAAGAGCGUCAUUGUCAGCUACAAGAUCAAGGAGCGCUCGAACCUCGAGGUCGUGGCCGGCAUUGCGCCAUGGAUCACGCAGAUGACGUUCCACCUCGAAGGCGACGCGCCCGACGCAGCCACGUGGGCGUACUAUCGAACGACGCUUGCGUCCUGCCAACGACUUGAGACGUUCGUUUUUCUCGAUGACACGGCCGGUUACGGUGCGCUUGGCGGUGUCUUCUUGGAGCUGCCGCGCCUCACGUCGCUCACGCUGGGCGUCUACUGCGGUUACCGUGGGCAGCGUGAGUGCCACGUCACACCCGACUUUACGGUGCGGCUGACAAAGUGGCUGCAGACGCGGCCCGUGACGCACUUGGCCAUGGACUUUCUCUGGCUCGGCUUGGACCCGGACUCACCGCGGGUCCUCGAGCUCUGCGACGCGAUCUCCAGCAGCACGACGCUCACGACGCUCAAACUCAACAACGUCGACAUUUUUGAAAACUUUUUGAACGGGCGGCCGCUGCCUCAGCACUUGAAGCGCCUCGAUUGGGACGUCGAUGACUGGGAAGCGACCAACCACACAGACGCUGGCUGGCGCAACUUUGUCAAUGCCCUCAUCGACGGCCCGCAGCUCGAGCACCUCGGCUGCAAGCAGUUUGAGCUGCUCCUGGAGCAAGAUGACGUCAUCGAGAUGCUCGAAGGCCUCUCGUCUCUUGAAGCCCACUGCCUGGGCUACGACGUUGCGAGCUUGAUGGACCUCUUGGACCUUCUUGGCAACAUGUCGGACGUCAAGCAGCUCGAGUUCAAGUGCGCCAACUUUGAGGGCGACGCGCCGCGUGUACUGUUUGCUGCCGCGCUCAGUCGGCCGCGCCUCGAGACGUUCGGAAUGUCCAUGGCUCUGCUGCUAGCGGAAGAGGUUCGCGUCUUCUUCCAGGCGGUGCCACAGUUGCCACAUCGGUCGUUGAAGCACGUUGAUUUUUCCCACCACCACUUGACCGUGGCCGAUGUUUUGGCGAUGCUACCGACCUUGAACGCGGCGACACAGUAUCUUGAAACUGUUCAGCUCCAAGGCUCGUGGCACACGGACGAGCUGGCGGCGCUUGCGACUGCCGUCGGGCAGCUUCCGGACCGGCACUUUGCGGUCGUGCCAAGUGCGCGGCUCGCGACACCUGCAUUUUUCGCGCAGUGGCGUGAUUAUGUGCACAUGGUAGGCUCGCCGCUGUGCCUUCUCUGCAUUUGAAGGCUCAAGUCAAGUACAAUGCAUUGCGAAAACGAUUUCAAGAGUACAUAAAAAGCUCUUUAUAUGAACCGUUGGCGAGUUGCACCGA